UAGAACAUCAUACCCAUACCCAACGUUGUUUACUUAAAAAUACAUUCUCUUUUUAUACCACUAAAAGCAUAGGAGAAAGGUGAUUAAUAUUUUGUGCACAUAAGAUCUAUUUUUAUUAAUACAUCCUCAUGACUAAGUUACGGAAGCAAAGAAGACGAAAAAGAUAUGGUUAUAAUGUCAACAGGAAGAGGUUAAGGAACAAAAUAAGAAAAACCCCUGUCAUAUCAUGUCCACAAGUAAAACAAGCUUGGGUGGUAAAAGCUUCUGUCAAAUCAAAUUUAAAAAACAUGGGAUUAGCAUAUGAUGCUAACAUUAUACCUUCGAUAUCCAGUAACAAGCUUAUUAAAACUGAACAUGUAAAACCGAAUGAGAAAGAACCAGAAAAGUUACAAGUGAUCUCUGAACUAGAAGAAGAUGCCCAUGCUCCCAGGGAAAGAGGAUUAAGAUUGCCUAAAAGUCAUGUCCAGUGGGUUACAUACUUGAUGGAUAAAUAUGGUGAAGACUACGAGGCCAUGGCACGAGACAAGAAGAAUUAUUAUCAGGAAACAUGGCAGCAGAUUCGUAGGAAGAUCAAGCAGUUCAAGGGAAUUCCUGAGCAGUAUAAUGAAUACUUGGCAAGUAAAGAGGGCUCCAGCAAAGAGGACACAGAGAGCUGAUAAUUAUAAAUAAUUUCUUUGUACAUAUUCUUUCUUAAAUAAACGUCCUGA